UUGCAUGUGGCUCGCACUAGACUACAAGUGCCAACCUUUGUCUUGCACGUACAGAAAAAUCACACGGUAGUAAUGGUUGAAAAAGUAGAAACACCAUCCAUUAGUCACGAGACACAUAAUUGUUUUUCUUCAAUAAAUACGUUUUGUCAUUAAUAAUUAAUUUCUGGAGUUUCCUAUGGCUUGACUUGUUGUUGAGCAGAAAUUAGAUAAGGUGUAACAAAGCAUUUGUCAAACCUCACUUCUUCUUCUUCUUCCUCUGGCCAACAUGGCUACAGUCUGCAAAAUCUCCAUUUUCAUCUCAUUGUAUCUUGUUCUGAGUUGUGCUUCACCAGAAGAUGAUAUUCUGCUCACAUUCAAGAACUCCAUUAACGAUCCCAGUAGUUUCCUCAGGGACUGGUCAAACACCACAUCUCUCCACCACUGUAACUGGACUGGUGUCACUUGCUUACCUCAACCCACCUUAUCAAUCUCAUCUCUGAAUCUCGAAAGCUUGAAUCUUUCCGGUGAAAUCUCACCGUCCAUUUGCCAGCUCCGCAACCUUACCCAUCUCAACUUAGCUCACAAUUUCUUCGACCAACCCAUCCCUUCUUACCUCUCACAGUGUGGGUCCCUGGAGAAUCUGAACCUCAGUAGCAAUCUCAUUCCGGGGAAAAUCCCUGACCAGAUUUUCCAUCUUGCUGGGUCUUUGAAGUUUCUUGAUCUUGGGAAGAACCGUCUGGAAGGGGAAAUCCCGGAAAUAAUUGGCUUACUGAAAAAGCUCCGAGUUCUCAAUCUGUGUGGCAACUUGUUUUCAGGUAAUAUCCCGAGGGUUUUUGGUAAUUUGACUGAGCUUGAGAUUCUUGAUUUGUCUCAAAAUCUAUUCCUGGUCAGUGAGGUUCCCGGAGAAAUUGGAAAGCUCAGUAAACUUGAGAAGCUUUUCUUGCAAAACUCCGGGCUUUAUGGAGAGAUAGUGCCAAAUUUCUUUGAGGGUUUAGAAAGUAUGGCCAUUUUAGACCUCUCACAGAACAAUCUCAUUGGUAAGAUACCAGAGAUUGGAGUAAAGUCUCUCCCAAACCUGGUCUCUUUUGAUGUUUCACAGAAUAAGCUCUCUGGACCAUUCCCCGUUGCCAUUUGUAAGGGUAACAAAGGUCUUCUUCACAACCUUGCUUUAGAUACCAAUUUAUUGAAUGGUUCGAUAUCAAAUGACUCCAUUGAUGAAUGUGUAAACCUUGAGAGGUUCCAAGUUCAGAACAAUGGGUUUACUGGGAAUUUCCCUCAAUGGCUAUGGUCAUUGCCUAAAAUCAAAAUCAUAAGAGCAGAAAACAACCAUUUUUCUGGGGAUAUUCCAGAUUCGAUAUCAAAAGCUUCUCAUUUGGAGCAUGUAGAGAUUGACAAUAACAGCUUCACUAGUAAAAUACCAGAUGGACUUGGAAAGAUUACAAGCCUGUAUAGAUUUUCUGCAUCCAUGAACGGUUUAUAUGGCGAACUCCCUCUGAACUUUUGUGAUUCUGAGGUUAUGAGCAUCAUAAAUCUAUCCCAUAAUUAUCUUUCAGGUGGAAUUCCCGAGAUAAAGAAUUGCAUGAAAUUAGUGUCAUUGUCUCUAUCUCAUAAUAGGUUUUCUGGUGAAAUACCAACAUCUCUUGGCAAACUUCCUGUCUUGACUUACCUUGAUCUUUCAGUUAAUAACCUCACUGGUUCUAUCCCAGAAGAGCUUCAGAAUUUGAAACUUGCUUUGUUCAACGUUUCCUUCAACAGACUUUCGGGAAAAGUCCCACUGUCUUUGAUCUCUGGCCCACCUGUUUCAUCUUUGAAGGGAAACCCCGGCCUUUGUGGACCUGGACUCCCUGACUCUGGUUUCAAUGGCGCACACAUUAUUCACAGACAUGGUAAGAUGUCAAGAUUGGCUUUCACGCUCGUUUCAAUAGUUUUAGCUGUUGUAAUCAUCAUGUUUCUUGGAUUGUACACAAUUCGCUGUUCUCAGAAAAAUAAUUCCCAAAAUGGUAUCUGGAAGUCAGUAUUCUUUUAUCCCCUGAGAGUCACUGAACAUGAUCUGGCCAUGUCAAUGGAUGAAAAGGCUGCUAGAGGAAACAGUUGUGGGACUUUUGGAAGAACCUACAUUGUGAAAUUACCGAGUGGUGAGACAGUCGCUGUAAAGAAGCUGGUAAAUUUUGGAAACCAGUCUUUAAGAGCAGAGGUAAAGACUUUAGCAAAGAUCAGGCAUAGGAAUAUUACAAAAAUAUUAGGGUUUUGCCAGUCGAGUGAUUCAAUCUUCUUGAUAUAUGAAUGUAUGGCAAAUGGAAGCCUUGGGGAUAUAAUUGGGAAAUCUAACUUUGAGUUGCCAUGGAGGGUCAGGCUGCGAGUUGCCCUCGGAGCUGCACAAGGAUUGGCAUACAUUCACAAAGAUUAUUCUCCGCAUUUGCUCCACAGAAAUAUUAAAUCACAAAAUAUUCUCCUCGAUGCGGAUUUUGAGCCAAAGCUUACAGACUUCGCCCUUGACAGGGUCGUUGGAGAGACAGAAUUUCAAUCAUCCAUAGCUUCAAAAGCUGCUACUUCUUGCUACUUGGCACCAGAAUUUGGUUACACGAAGAAGGCCACGGAACAAAUGGACACAUACAGCUUUGGUGUGGUAUUGCUAGAGCUCGUGACAGGAAGGAGAACGGAUCAAAUGUGGGGGGAGUCUCUAGAUGUGGUGAAGUGGGUAAGAAGGAAAAUCAACAUCACAGAUGGGGCAGUUCAAUUGCUUGACCCCAAGAUUUCAGACCCAUCCCAACGGCAACAAAUGGUGGAAGCUCUGGAGAUUGCUUUGUGUUGUGUGGCUGUCAUUCCUGAGAAACGACCAUCCAUGGCUGAUGUUGUCAGGGCACUUCGCUCCCUCUCUCUCAAAGAUGAAAACACGAAUCUUGAAAUGUCGGAUUGUGCUAUUCAUACUUCAGCUCCUCCCUGAAGUGUUUUGGUUUUUCCUUUUUUUCUUUCUUUUUGUACAUUCUACUAACCAAACUUGCAACAUAAAUGAACUGUCACAAACUCUGAACCCCUUGUGGGUCAUAAUCACACGAAAGAGUUUUAUGGCCGAUAGCUUUCAAGUUCAAUGCUAAUGUUAGAUUGAUUGUUA